AUGAAAAAUAAAAGGGGUUUUGAAACGCCUUCUUCAUCAUCUAAGCAUGAGCCGCAACCGCAAAAAGAUAGUAGUAAUGCUGCGAAGAGAAAUAGUAGUAGAUCUCAAUUCAGUCAGCUUUGCUCCACCCUCACUUCUAUUAUUCCUCCUCAACACUUUCAUAAUUCAUUGGAUACACUAUCUCAAGCUGAUCAGAUAGAACAAGCAACAAAUUACAUAGUGGAGUUGAGAGAAAGAGUAGAGAACUUAAACAAGAGAAGAGAUCAAUUAAUGGUUAAUCAAGAAGGAACAUCUAAUACGACCGAAAACAAAAGUUCUAAUGAUCAUUAUUUUUGUAAACCAGACAAGUAUUAUUUUACUUUGAUUCCAAAAUUUUUGCUACUGCUUCCAAUUACCAUACAAGCAUCGUCACCAUCAUUACCUUCGGAAGCAAGGAACGAAGAGCUUGAUGCCGCGAUCGAAGGAAUGAACAGCCAAACACUCAACAAUCGUCAGAUCACUGAUACACUAUCUCAAGCUGAUCAGAUAGAACAAGCUACAAAUUACAUAGUGGGAUUGAGAGAAAGAGUAGAGAACUUAAAUCAGAGAAGAGAUCAAUUAAUGGUUAAUCAAGAAGGAACAUCUAAUACCGAAAACUUAAGUUGUAAUGAUACAACAAUGAUGACAAAUAAUUCAGGCUUAAUACCCACUAGUAUUGAAGUGAAAGAUUUGGGUAGUGUUAUAGAGGUGCAAAUUGUGGUGCAACGAGACUGCGAAAUCAAGUUACAUGAAGUGAUUAGGGUUCUUGAGGAAGAAGGAGCUGAAGUUGUCGAUGCUACUUUCUCAACUCAUGGGAACUAUGUCCUCCACACUCUCCAUGCUAGGGUAACUUUUUUUUUUUUUUUUUUAAUAUUUUAUUUAUGCUAAAUUGUUAUUAUGGGUGAGACAACAAAGUAAAUAAAUUGAGAUCCACAUGAAUAAUAUUUGUAGGCACUGUAACACUAAGAGUUUUUCUUAUUGUAUGUACAGGCUCAGAGUUCAAGGAUUGGAGUAGAGACUUCUAGAGUGCAGGAAAGAUUGCAACAACUGAUUUGAUCUUGUAAAACUUGAGUUUCAUCUUGUACAAUUUCCUUAAAAAUAAGUGGAGAUUGCAAAGACCUAAGGGCUCUAAGCCUCUAAAUGGUCAUAAUCCUUAGAGCAUCUAUAAUGAUUGUAAAUAGGUUCUAGCUUGCAGUUUUCAAAUAGUUGGAGCUAGU